AUGUCACCAGCGGCUGGAGGCCCAAAAAGUAUUAUUCAUUUUCUACUUUAUGUCUCUUUCUUUCUAGAAGAGACUUAAAUGUGGUUUAAUCUAUACUUAAGAUCUGUUUAGGAUCUCUGACUGUCAGAUUUUGUACCUAAGAUCUGCUUAGGAUCUCUGAUUGUUAAAGUCUGUUUUAAGUCAUUUUAGAGUUAGUCAGGCUAUUUUUAGAAGAUCUGCCCAAGAUCUCAGCUUGUCAGACUCUAUCCCCACGAUUUGUCAGGAUUCUCUUUUUGGGAGUGCCAAACCUCCUUUCUAGGCCUAUAUAAAGUCCUUUAUUAUAAUUGAGGUCCUCAGUUUUUAGGUGAAUCAUUUCUCUAUACUGUGAGAACCUCUUCCUCUUGGGUGUGAAUUCAGACACCCUGUUGUGGAUUCAAGGGGUUAAAGACCCGAAUUUGUGGAUUCAGAAGCAGGUUUCCUCCCCAGGAUUAGAGCUUUGGAGUUUCAAACGCAUAUCUCGUUGUUCUUCCACGUUACUGUUGCAUCAGUAGUGUUCCCAAGUAUGUAAUGAUUUAACCACAAUAGAAAAUUUUAAUUCAUACGUAGUCCGCUUUAUUCUUGGUUCUGUAAAUUUUUCAGUAUAAAAAGUGACUAUGCAACCUUAAAGUUUCAAAUAAUUUUAAUUCAUAUGCUUUACAAUAAUACAACGCCAAUUUCAGUAAUUAAAGUAUCACAUUCUAUUUGAAAUAAUUUAUGAAAAAUUGACGGUAUUCAUAUAGGGGGAGAACUUAAUUCUUCUUUAAUUACAAAUAAAUCUUGUAGAAAAGAAUGCUAAGCCAUGAAAACUACGAACAUCAUAUGUAUUCUAUGGAAUUAGCCAAUCUUUAAUAUCUUUAACCUUUCAUUUAUCCACUUUUAUUUAUCUCAUAAAAACUAAAUUUGAAGUAAAAUAGUCAAUAUAGAUCUCAAAUGAUGAUGAUGGUCUUCCUUUGUGGUACUGUAUAUCAAAAUGUCAUUAUAAUAGACAAUAAUAAAUUUUCUUUGAAAAUCUUCAAUAUACCUGAUUCAUUAUUUGCAUAAAAAGUAGUAGGGGUAUUAGAUAAGCCAAAUGGCAUCAACAACCUGGCAUAUAAUUCUACUUUCAUCUUGAAGGCAGUCUUCCAUUCAUCACUUGGAUGAAUCUGAAUUUGAUGAUACCCACUUUUAA